CCGCCCGCGCGCAUCGCCCUGCGCAGCCCAUCGCCGUGUUUACAUGUGACGUCACAGCUCAACAAGUGCAGUACGCGAACUGGACAUGGGAGAUUUACAACUAUUGCUGACACAGGUAGUCUAUCUUUAGAUUGAUACUAUUUUGAAAAGAUUGAAAUGAAGUGAAUCAGUGAAUGCAGGAUGGCCUCAGCAAAGCAGGGACUAUAUGUUGUGGUGUGGGAGUGGGAGAACAAGCAGCGACGAUGGAGGCCAUAUCCGCCAGAAGUUACACAGUUGCUGGAGCGAGCCCAUUCAAAGAACUUGCGUUCAGCGUUCUUGGGGGAUUCAGACCCUGCCCUAAAUAAUUACUCUGUAAACCUUUCAACAAUGCAACAAGAGUGUAAAGUAACAAAGGAAAUUGUGAAUGUGAGAAGGCAUUUUUACCCUCAAAGUUCACCUGCUGGUCAAGGGGCUGUUUGGCAGUGGUCAGGAGAUAAUAUUGGAGACUGGCAUAUGUAUGACAUGUGUGUACAGUGUGUCAUAGAGGAGUCUUGGGGAUCUCAAUUGUCUGUUAAAAAG